AUGGAAGAUGAUGGUUUUAAACUAGUUAGAAGUAGAAGAAAGUGUUCACGGUUGAAGAAAACUGCCGUCAAAUCUGUUGAUAGGAUUGAAGGUUCUGGAAACGAUAUUGAGGCAGCGAUGGAGAGAGCUGAUUCAAAAAUCGAAGAGAGUGGGUUAGGUUCGUGGAUCAUCAACAGUAUUCGCUUAUUUCUUGAUAAUCGGCGCGUCUUGCGAGUGUAUUUGAUAGGAAAUGGUCAUUUCGAUGCGCCGUGGGAACCCGGUGCUCACCAACUUGCUCUUAUUCGCAGAAUAUGCCGUGCAUUCGAUGCAGAAAUGAUUUUUCAGGAGCCUUGCAUCAGUGCUGCUGAGCAAAAAUGGCUGAGUCUACAAGAGGGAAUCGUGAUACGAGAUAAACCUGAUGUCUGCUUCGACAUAAUCGGCACUGACCACGGUUGUAUAGGAAUUGCCGUUUUGCUACAUGGUGUACAUAGUCUUUUGAAUGAUUUUCUUGCCUUUAACUGGUCAUCGAAUUUACACGAAAUUCUUAUUCUAUGUAAUGACUAUAGGGAUAUUGACCUCAUUGGUGGGACAGCCGAAACUAAUGCAGAAUUUCCUGUCCUUAACUUUUACCGUGAGCAUGCUAGGUUUGUUGCCUUCCCUGAGUAUAGCCCCAAUCCUCAGUUUUUUCAUAACUCGUCUUUGGCAUAUCUUGUAACGGGUACUUCUCUGCCAGAAUUGACCUCUAUUGAUUGUUGA